AUGACGCCUGACCGAGAUAGAAGUCCUUCCCCAGACAUACCUUUCUUGGAUGAUUCUGAUCAUCAUCCAAGCUUCCCGCUUCGUUCACUGCUACAUCAAGCUGUAGUACCGGCCGGCACCAAUUCGUCAACCACCACUCGAGGGCAGCCGACGCCAACCUCCUCGCAGUCUUCGCAAGACUUUGAAGUCUUACCCAUUGGUUCGACACAAGACCAGGAGCGUGUGAAUACGUCGCCUGGGCGGGACGAGCCCGUCCGGACCUUAUCUGGCAAUGCCCAUGGAAUCCUCGAUCAACUUGGCUUACAUGAGGGAACGGGUGGCAACAGCCAAGAUAACGACGACGAUAGCAUACCAAGCGAGCCCGUAUCUGAAGAACCCAUGACCAAGAGACAACCUUCUCUUCUCUCCGUAGCGCCAGGGCGUAGCAGUCCCUCCUACGGAGCCAUAUCCUCUGCGCCGGCCCUUGCGACCGGUGCUCUCCAAUCCCAAGGGAGCGAACCAUCCGUACGCACCGAAACCGGCUCUGAGAGCGGUGAUGCAUCUGUGGGAAGAUCUUCCGAGCGCUUUUCCUUGUCGCUGCGGAAAUCGGGGGAAUGGGGCGGCUCGAUGACAAUGCGAGGAAUCGAGGGUCGUUUUGGUACAGAAGUACCACUCGUCAACGACAUUGAUCCGGAUGACCUGGGGCAUAGCGUGGAAGAAGAGUCUCUGCUAGACCGUUCGGAUGAGUUCGACGAGGGCGAUGAAAAUGAGCAGGGCCCGGCAGACAACUCUCCCUACGCCCAGGUACGAGCUUCAGUUGCGCCCACCGACAAUACGACACUUUCCAUCAACACUCCACGGAUGUGGACGUUGGCCGUGCUAUUUUCUUUUCUCGGAUCUUCCACCAACUUGUUCUUUUCGUUGAGAUACCCCAGUGUUGCAAUCACGCCCGUCAUCGCAUUAUUAUUGACACAUCCCCUUGGUCUCAUGUGGGACUUCUUUCUCAAACGAGCGGACGACCCCCCGGAAGAGUAUGUGGAUGGAUGUCGGACAAACAGUGCCAACACUCGGAUUCACAAUGAGCAACCACGUCUUUUUGUUCCUUGGGAAAAGAGAAGCAAGCUCGACCGGCUGCGACUCUGGCUUGCCCAAGGUCGCUGGAACGAAAAGGAACAUAGUUGCGUCUAUGUCAGCAGCAAUGUCUCGUUCGGUUUCGCCUUCGCGACGGAUGUUAUCGUUGAGCAAACCCAGUUCUACAAACAGGAUGCGCCGAUACUCUACCAGAUUCUCCUCACCAUCUCUACUCAAAUCAUGGGCUACACCUUGGCCGGUCUCACACGGGGAUUCCUUGUCCGGCCAAGCGGCAUGAUAUGGCCUGGUACCCUCAUGUCGGCCGCCAUGUUUACUACCAUUCACAAGCAGGAGAACCAUGUGGCGAAUGGGUGGAAGAUGACCAGGUGGAAGUUUUUCAUGGUCGUGUUCCUCGCUGGCUUUCUCUUCUACUUUGGACCCGGCCUCCUGUUCCCUGCAUUGAGCUAUUUCAACGUCAUCACCUGGUUCGCUCCCAAGAAUGUUGUCGUUGCCAAUCUCUUCGGCGUCGUGUCCGGCUUGGGAUUGUUUCCCAUGACAUUUGACUGGGCCCAGGUCGCCUAUAUCGGAUCGCCUCUUCUAACACCAUUUUGGGCAGCCAUGAACGUGGUUGGCGGUCUUGUCGUUGUCAUGUGGAUCGUUGCACCUAUCGCAUACUACAGCAACUGGUUCUACUCCUCUUAUAUGCCAAUAUUAUCAGCAGCGGUUUUCGACAACACGGGCCAGGUAUAUGAUGUCAGCAAGGUCCUUACCAAGGAUUUUGUUUUGGAUCGAGAAGCCUAUUCCAAGUAUAGCAGAGUCUUCCUCCCGAUCACAUAUGUCCUCGGCUAUGCCGUUCAAUUUGCCGGCCUUGCCUCGCUACUUACACACACCAUAUGCUGGCACGGCAGAGACAUAUGGGCUCAGUGGAAACAGAGUCUGGGUGAGGUGCAUGGCGCUGAGUCCAAGGGCUCGUAUGAGCCGAUUGCAGAGUCAACCGAGGGACUAAAUCGGAUUUCGAGUCGGUUGAGUUCGAGAUCAAGCUUUACUAGGUCUAACUCGAACAUGGAGAACAUUAUGAAUAGGGAAGACGUACAUAACCGGUUGAUGAGGAGAUACAAGGAUGCACCAAUGUCGUGGUAUCUCAUCACUUGCAUAUCGAUGCUGGCCAUUGGUAUCUUCGUCGUUGAAUACUACCCGGUCCACCUGCCUUGGUAUGGCCUGCUUCUCGCUCUCGGAAUCUGCAGCAUCCUGUUCAUCCCCAUCGGCAUCAUCAUGGCGGUCACCAACCAGCACAGCAGCAUUUAUCUGAUCUGCCAACUCGUUGCGGGCGCCGUCUUCCCCGGCCGACCCGUCGCGAACAUGGUAUUCGUGACCUACGGAUACAUCUCCUCAGCACAGGGAAUCAAGUUUGCCGCCGAUCUCAAGCUGGGCCACUACAUGAAGAUCCCGCCCCGGAUCCUCUUCUCAGUCCAGAUGGUCGCCACCAUCGUCUCCUCCCUCACGCAGAUCGGCGUCCUCAACUGGAUGUUCAAGAACGUCCCCGGCCUUUGCACGCCAGAGGCCCUGAACGGGUUCACCUGCCCCAUUGCCCGCGUGCACUUCAACGGAUCGAUCCUGUGGGGCGUCGUUGGCCCUAGCGAGUUCUUCGGCCCCGGGGCAACCUACCGACCGCUCGUAUGGGCAUUCGCCGUGGGUGCGGUUCUACCGAUUCCACUGUGGCUAUACGCACGCAAGAGGAAGGAUAGCAUUGUGCGGAAAAUCAACCUCCCCGUGCUCUUUGGCUCGCUGGGCUGGAUCCCGCCGGCGACGGGCCUGAAUUUUUCGGUGUGGGCUCUCGUUUGCUACGUGUUCAACUACGUGAUCAAGAACCGGACGCGGGCGUGGUGGGCAAAGUACACGAUGACGCUCAGCGCGGCGCUGGACUCGGGCCUGGCGUUUGGUAUUGUGGUGGUGUUCUUUGGGUUCAUCUAUCCCGGGGUGGUCAAGGGGUUUAGUUGGUGGGGGACGGAAGUGUAUAAACAGGGCUGUGAUUGGCAGGCUUGUGCGUAUCAGGCGGUACCGGAGGGUGGACGGUUUGGGCCUGAUGUUUGGUAG